AUGGCCCCUCCAACCGCCACAGAAACCGUCUCCAAUGUCACCCUCCGAUCCCCAGAGUCGUCCCAGGCGGCCGGCGCCGAAAAAGCCAAGGUCAAGAUGACCAUGCCGAAACAACCAGUAUUCGAGAACAAAAUGGAGGAGCGCGAGUAUCUCAAGGGGCGUCUAGCGGCCGCGUUUCGCAUUUUUGGCAAAUAUGGAUACGACGAGGGUGUGGCCGGCCACAUCACGCUGCGUGAUCCGGUCGAACCGGACACUUUCUGGGUGAAUCCGUUUGGCGUAGCAUUCUCGCAGAUCAAGGCGUCUGAUUUGAUUCGCGUGAAUCACGAAGGGCAGGUCAUCGAUGGAGGCGAGGUCCGCUUGCUCAACGCCGCGGCGUACAUGAUUCAUUCCGCAAUCCACGCUGCCAGACCAGAUGUUGUGUGUGCGGCGCACAGCCACAGCCUCCAUGGCCGAGCGUUCUGCACGCUGGGCCGACCGCUGGAUAUCAUUACUCAGGAUUCGUGCGCGUUCUACAAUGAUCACAUUGUCUACAAGCAAUUCAACGGCGUCGUUCUUGCCGAGGAAGAAGGCAAGAAUAUUGCUCAAGCGCUUGGGAAUAAGAAAGCGGCUUUGUUGCAGAACCACGGUCUUUUGACCGUUGGUCGCACGGUUGAGGAGACAGUCUUUUGGUUUGUUUCGCUGGAAAAGUGCUGCUAUGCGCAGCUUUUAGCAGAUGCUGCAGCUGCGGGACGGGGCGGACAGACUAUCAAGAUUGAUGAUGCGGAUGCUGCUUUCACUUACAAGACGGUUGGGACUCCGAUGGCUGGGUGGUUCAGUGCGAAGCCCAUGUUUGAUGUGAUUCAUCAGGAGACGAAUGGGGACUAUUUGAAGUAA